CCCACACGGCUGCGAUCGCGAUCUUCCGGUUAGACUUAUCUCGACUACGAAGUGACAACGAUGGCGUCCGGAAUUCCCGUCUCAGACGACUGCGUCGAACAAUUCAGGAAUUUGAAGCAUCGCAAACACAAGUACAUCAUCUUCUCCCUUUCUCCAGAUAUGCGCAGCGUCGUGACCUUAAAGACCUCCUCGGAUGCGUCAUACAAAAAUUUCCUCGCAGAAUUGCCGGACAAUGAAUGUCGAUGGGCUGUGUAUGAUUUCGAAUUCGAAAAGGACAGUGCGAAGAGGAACAAAAUCUGUUUCUUCUCUUGGUCCCCGGAUACGGCUAAGAUCAAGCAGAAAAUGGUGUUUGCUUCCUCGCGUGAUUCACUAAGGCGCUGCUUUGAUGGCAUUCACAUGGAAGUCCAAGGAACAGACCCCACCGAGGUUGAAUAUGAUGCAAUACUUGCCAAGGCGCUCUCUUCAACGCGUUAAUAAUACAGUAUUGUGGAACAACAUGACCAGAAAGUCGGGACUGUAGAGAUCAUAUCAAGUGGCGAGUAUUACAGGCGUGAUUGUAGCAAUUCGGAGAGGAAGUGGAGGCUCUGCCGACAAUCCAUGUAACCACACGGCAUUCAUUAGCCCACAUACUGUAGAGAAAGGCGGGAGGAAAGCUUCCUCGAAGAGAUAAUAAAGACUGAUCGGAUGGAUUGCUCCGAUUUGGCAGCUACG